AUGUUUCCUUCACUGCAAUUCAUUAGCACAGAGAUUUGCCAUUUCCCUUUUCCCCAUUUUCAUUUGGCAUUUGUCACCCGACGAGUGAGCAGCAGCUCUGGAAACGAAACAAAUUUGGUUGAAGAGUUGCCCAAGGAGAAGAACACCAAGGCGAAUGACGGGGUAAAGCCGCCCACCAAGCGGCAGAGGAAGGAUCGCCGGGAGCGUAAGGAGCGCAAGAAUCGCAAGGAGGUAAUCGCCGCCGGAGGAGAAGGAAAAGGAGGAGCAGCUGGUCCAAGAGUUAGGAACAGGUCGCCCACCCCCUUGAUCGCCUCGGCGAGCAGCGAUUGGAGCGACAGCGAGUCCAGCGAGUACACGGACUCCAGCUUCAGAUCCACCGCAUCCUCCAGCUACCUUAGCUCCACCACGCGCAUCCGCAUCCGCAACAUCAGCCCGUUCCGGCUUCCGCACCAGCCCCUGCUGCAGCCGCUGUUCCUGCCUCUGCUCAUUUUCAUGCUCCUGAUCAUGUCCAUGCCAGCACCCCAGGUGGUGCCCAUGGAGCAUCAUCACCGCAAGACGCGCGUGCCCUGUUCGGGUUCCGGCUUGCAGAACCUCGUCCCGGCCACCAGCAGCCACAACCAGGCCGUCUUCCAGUCGAAGCCCAUCACCGUCACCAAGAGCACCGCCACUUCCACUGCCACUCCCAGUUCCACUUCCACCGCCAUAACCAUGCCCAGCGAUGGCCAGUCGAUGGGCAAUCCCUCGGAUGGCAAGAUCAAGGUCGGCGGUGCCCGAUCCUCCGGCACAAAGACACCCCUUGCCAAUGCCAUGGCUAGCAAGCCCUCCAACCAGCUCAAGACCCCGGUGGCCAGCUCCUCUUCGAAAGCUAUGGCAAAGCCUGUUAAUCCCAAUUCGAGCCACUCCACCGUCCCAGAGGAGGAACCAGAGGAGGAACCAGAGGAGGAACCAGAGGAGGAACCAGAGGAGGAGCCCGAGGAGGAGGCCCUGCACAUCUGGGACUGGCUGGACUUCGCUUUCAUCCGCUGUCUGCGGACGGGCUGGCGGAAUCUGAUGUACGCCAUGAUCUCUAGAUGGGUAUUGUUGGUUUUUGACAGUCUUCUGAUUGCCAGUUUGGCCAUUCAUUUAACAACAGCUCAGGAGGCCGCAUCAGUUGCUCCGGAAACCACACCAAGUGCAGCGUUAGAGGAACCAGGAAAUGUUUCUCCAGGAGCACCGGAAAAAAAAGAAGAACACUCCAGAAAUGACACGGCAUUUAAUGCAGACUACUGCGAUGCCUCAUUGUGUUCCGAAGGCAAAAAACAUGUAGCUUGCAACGGCAUAACCCGACUUCACAAGAAGUGCUCCUUGGACGCUGAGGUUUUAGACAUAAAUGAUAAGCUGCAAAGAUACUUAGUGGGACACUUUAAUGAGUUGCGGGACAGCGUGGCCAAGGGCGGAUUCAACGGGUUGAGUCCGGCUGCCCGCAUGGGCACCUUGAAGUGGGAUUCGGAACUUUCCUACCUGGCCGAGUUCAAUGUACAGGACUGUUUCCUGAAAAACGACGAAUGCCGGAACACAAAGACAUCAACUCGCGUUGGCCAAACUGUUGGUUAUCGAGCUAUGAGAGGAAAAAUCCCAGAGCUGGAGGACAUUCUUAAGGCCAUAAUUGGGCUGUGGAUGCGGGAGAACAGCGGUACCUCGAUGCUGGACAUAAUGAAGUAUAAAGAUCCUCAAAAAGGGCCGCCCAAAUACAACUUCAUCCAGAUAAUAUUGGAAAAUGCCGGUCUAGUGGGCUGUGCUAUCCUUCAGCAGACCCGAAACGACUGGCUACAAACGUUCUUCACGUGCAACUUUGGCCAUGCCCCCGUUUUGGGUGCGGAAGUAUACGAGUCCAGCCAACUAGCUGCACAGUCUUGCAAGACCGGAGUCAACCAGAAAUACGUACAUCUGUGCUCCGAUAGCGAGAUAUACGAAAAGAAAGAGCCAAGUGUUGGGAACUCGGUAAAUGCGUCAAAGAACGCGAGAACUGUGAGAAAAGAAGACUUUGUUGCGCUUAAGAGCGCAACGGAUGGUGCCGCACCAGUUGGAAUUCAACCUAGAGAUGGAGGUGCUGCUCCAGCUGCCGAAGGAGCAGCAGUUCCUGCACCUGAAGGAGGAGCGGCUCCAGCAGCGCAAGGAGCAGCAGCUCCAGCAGCUGUAGGAGCAGCAACUCCAGCAGCUGAAGGAGCAGCAGCACCAGCAGCCGAAGGAGCAGCAGCUCCGGUAGUCGAAGGAGCAGCAGCUCCAGCCGCUGAAGGAGCAGCAAAUCCUGCAGCUGAGGGAGCAACUCCAGUCGCAGGUGACACACCCAUCCCCGCUGCUCCACCCGAAGGUGAAGCAGUGCCGGCAGGAGCAGAAGCACCCAAUUCUGCUUCCCCGGGAGGUCCUGGUCCUCCCACAGCUGCACCCGGGGAGGAAACCACAUUUGAGGGUCUACUGGAACCCACGCCAACACCACCCGAUAAGGCCGCGCUGCAGAAAAAAUUCGCCCGCUUCCUAGACCUGAUGAACCGGGCUGAAAUGCACCACGGUCGUCGCAAAAUCGUGGUCAUAACCAGCAAUCAUAUGGUGGACGAUGAUCGCGUGAAGCAGAAGGAAGCGGAGGAAUCCGCUUCAAAUUUAAACACAUUGAAGGAAGCCGUCUUUAGGACUAUACGAAGCCGUCGUCAAAGAAUGACACGCAGUGGAUUAAUGGCCCGGUCCAUGAGCCACGGUUUCAGAUUUAAAGCGAGAAGUCACCACAGGCGAGGCCAUCAACGGAGUUCCGAUUUCGCUCCCCAAUGGAUUGUUAUAAGUUGAUAUUUUAAUCUGUAAUUCUGGAUACUCCGGAAAUUCAAAUCAAUAUUUAAACAACAAAAAUCUUGAAUUAUAAACAAAUUUA